CGGAAUGGCCUUCCCUUGCGCCUGCGCUCUCCUUAGGCCUGCGCUCUGGAGGUCCCGGGGAAGGAGGCCUGAAUUUGGGCCCCUCCUCCACCACGCCUCGCCGCCUCACGUCCCACUCCACCCGGGAACGCGCUGAACUCGCGACCGACGGUGUGGAGCGAGCCAGUAGUGUGCACGUGCUUCUUCCGCUCCCGCUCUGCUCCGCCUCCCACGCGGAAUCGGGACACCUCCCCCUCUUCGUCCAGGUCCGCGGCGGGAGGCGACAUGAGCAACAAAGAAGGGUCAGGAGGGUUCAGGAAACGGAAGCAUGACAAUUUCCCACAUGGUCAGAGAAGAGAAGGGAAAGAUGUUAACUCAUCUUCUGCUGUGAUGGUGGCCUUCAAAUUAUUUCAACAGGAACUUGAUACAAGACAUGACAAGUAUGAGAGACUUGUGAAACUCAGCCGUGAUAUAACUGUUGAAAGUAAAAGGACGAUUUUUCUUCUCCAUAGGAUUACUAGUGCUCCUGAUGUGGAAGAAAUAAUGAAUGAAUCAGAAAGUAAACUGGAAGCUGUCAGACAGAAGAUUAAGCAAGUAGCUCAAGAGCUAUGGGGAGAAGAUAUGUAUCAGUAUCACAGAGCUAUUACUCCAGGGCUUCAAGAAUAUGUGGAAGCUGUAUCUUUUCAACACUUCAUUAAAACACGUUCACUGAUCAGUGUGGAUGAGAUCAACAAACAAUUGGUAUUUAUGUCUGACGACACUAGAGAAGAAAAUAACACUAUCUCCUCAGAUUUAAAUGAUAAACCCCUCUGCACUUGGAGCCUGAAGGUGACACCUGUUGAUUAUCUUCUGGGUGUGGCAGAUUUGACUGGAGAAUUGAUGAGGAUGUGCAUCAACAGUGUGGGAAAUGGAGACAUUGACACCCCUUUUGAAGUGAGCCAGUUUUUGCGUCAGAUUUAUGAUGGAUUUUCAUUUAUUGGUAACACGGGACCUUAUGAAGUGUCUAAGAAAUUAUACACUCUGAAACAGAGCCUAGCUAAGGUGGAGAAUGCAUGCUAUACCUUAAAAGUUAGAGGUUCAGAAAUUCCAAAGCAUAUGCUAGCAGAUGUGUUUUCAGCCAAAGCAGAAAUGAUUGAUCGUGAGGAGGGUAUUUCAUAAAAGCAUAAUAUUCAACUCUUACUAAUGUCCAUAAGGGAGAUCAGUUUGAAAGACUGUUAUUUAGUAUUUCAUUUUACUUUUUGUGACUUUUACUUAGUAAUAUUUUCAGUUUUACCUGACAAAAUUAUUUGCACUGUUUUAAACUCUGUAUAUUGCUGUACAUAAAAUUGAUGAAAUGAUUCACUCCAUAUAUUUCCUGUUUUAAGAUUUGGCAUAUUUGGCUUUCUGAGCCUCUCAGUGACCAACUAUUGUCUGUCACCUAUCCCUGUGAGGUACUUAUUUCAUAGAGUACUCACUGCCAUUCCCAUUUUAGUUCACUGUUGAAUUAUGGAUUGUAUAAUGUAUGGUUAAGUCAUUAAUAAUUUGAAUUGGUGAUUCUAUGACAUCUAAAAAGGGCUUUUUAGCCUCAAAACAUCUUGUUGAAAUGUCUUGUACCAGAGCCACUGGAGUGGAUUUGGGAUCUAAGCAUGAUACCAAAGGCUUGGAAAAGCCAUGAGCUACAUAGAGAAAACAGUUAAAUUGAAGGGAGAAUUCCCUGAAUUCAUGUGAAAUGGUAGCAGUGAGAUUUGACAUUGAGUUCUGAUUAAUCAGACCAUAUGGAUUCAUGUGUUUCAGUAACAUAUCUUUCAGAAUAACACACUUGUGCCAAGCUGUUGUAUUUUAAAUUGGAAUAUAUCUGUUGCUCUUCAUUACAGAGGAGCUGAAAUUGAAUUGAUACUAUUAUGUGUAUUAUGAAGUUUGGGCAGAAUUAAAUAUUUUCACAUGGAAAUGAAACACGUUUGUCAACAAAUGAUUUUUUAAAAUGGAAGAACUAGUUAAAUAUUGUUUGUUAAAUAUUAUUACUGUAUAAUUGAAAAUCUGUUACCCUAAAAAAGAACUACAUUUCCUGGGAGCCCACUGACUUCCUGUUGUUACAUACUUCCUAUAGAUAAGAGGAUAUUAGUGAGUGGGCGGUCCUCUCGGGACUCUUAACUUCCUGUCCCAAGCUUGGUGGUGGUAAGGUGGUCUUCUGAACUAGCUGAUCAGCCAUGGGCACGUGGUCUUUAUUUUGUAUCCUCUUUAUUCCUUGAUUCUAAUGAUCAUUAAUAAAUCUCCUAAAAUCUCAAAUAUAUUAUUGAGAAUAAAUUUUCAUUUUUACAUUACAGCUAGGCUGUUAUCUUGACCAUCAUGCAUUUCACUUUGAUUAAUCUUGAUGUGUUCUGUUCUGUUGUCUCUUAGAAAUCACUUUUUAAAAUAGCAAUGAAAGAUUGUAGGUCAAAAGAUUUCAUUCAUCCAUAACUUCAUAGUUGUCCAACUAUGUUAAUUGAAAUACAGGAGAUUACCAAAGAAAAAUUAUCAUGUAUAUUUCAGCAAUAAGAUAUUGCAGUUCCAAGUGCUUUUAGCAAUAGUAUUAGUCACAGAGCCAAACCCUGUAACUAAUCCCCGGGAACUAGAAUGGUGGUCCCUUUUAUGCCAGUACUAUUUAAAAUUGAAAUUUACAUAUUCAAAUUAGGAAUAGUCAGUUUCCUGUGAUCUUGACAUAGGCAUUACACAGUUGAUACAGAAAUUUCCAUUUGGGUUUAAGUUUUGAGAAACUUGAUAGAAAGAAUUUUGGGGAGACCAGCCCAUAAGGGCUAUUUUUUUCUAUAUCAGCCUUUGAAAGGAAUAUGGAAAUAUAAUGUGCCUAAUGUCAGGUCUUUUGUGUAUGCUUGUUUUUUCAAAUUAACCUCUGUUACUGUGCUGUUAGGUAAUGCUUACGUGUUUCCCUAUUACUCCAUUGGGUUCCUUUUCCUUAAACCAUUUUGCAUUACAUUUAUAAUGUUUACCCUUUUACUUUCAUCAUUUCCAUGUAAAAAAUAUUGAAUUGAUAAAGGAUUGUUUUGUGAAUGUUUAAAAUGAAGUAUUUUGAAUAAAACCAUUUUAAAAUAUAAA